AUGUUGCCAGUGGUCAAGAAUACGCGUAAAGCGAAGGACCCGGAAGUGAAGUGCGACGAGGCCCGCCCGGCUUGUAAGCGCUGUGUAACAACCGGCCGCGUCUGCGACGGCUACGGUAUUUGGGGCGGUGGCGGCAGAGCCUACCAUGAUCGCUACGUCGUGGAACCGACGGGAGCGCUCUAUACUCAUGUCGUCUCCCGACCGCGUGCGGCACCGCCUGUCCUCGUACUGCAUCCCCAGGAGCAAGAGUGUUUCGAAUGGUUCAAGUACCGCACCUCGAUCAGGGUGCCAACAAGCUACGCCGCGGGGUUUUGGAAUACACUCAUCUUCCAAUCGAGCGUUCAGGAGCCGGCUGUCUUGAAUGCUGUACUCGCGCUGGGAUCGUAUCACAUGAACGGCGGGGGCACGGCGCAGAGCCACCAGAUUGAGAAAACGAAGGCUGGCUGGACUGCCGAGGAGAAGUUCACGCUCCAGCACUAUGUCGAGGCGAUGCGCCAUCUGAGCCCUCAUUUUGCGCGCAAGGGAAAGGCAUCCACGCGAGUGGCGCUCAUCGCCUGUUUCCUGUUCGUCAGCUUUGAACUGUUCCGGGGCCAUUUCGAGGCAACGAGACUUCAUCUCGACAAUGGAUUCAAGAUUCUGGAAGAGUCGAGAUCGCUCUUCCCCACUGUUGCAGGCGGCAUCUGUGUCAGGGCUUGUAUGGACUCCAUCGACGACUGGAUCGUCGAAGCCAUUCUGAGGAUCCAGCUCCAAAGCGGAAUACUGCGCUACACCCAUACGUAUCCGUAUCGAAACCUCCUGUCCACUAGACUAGCCCUGCCCAACUCUGCCUUCCGAUCGGUCCACGAAGCCUGGCAGCAUCUGAGCCCCCUCCUGAGCGAGGCCAUGGCCCUGACCCAGCAAGCCCGUUUGUACGUCCCAUCGCGAGGCAGCAGCGGCACUCCUUUCCCCCCAGCCCGCAUGCUCGACGCCCAAGCCCGCAUCGAGCCGGCCUCCACCAAUGGCUCCCGCAUUUCAGCGCUUUCUACGAAGUGCCUGCAAGAGGCCACCUUUGCAGAAGAACAGCGGGACCGCCGCCUCCCCUUCGCCAUCCACGCCAUGGCAACCAUCAUGGCGAACACCUGCCUCUCGCGCGGCGACGAGUCGGCCUUUGACAGCUGCACGGCCGACUUUGCCCUGCUGCUGCACCAACUCACGAGCCUGCGCAGACGCGACCCGGCGCUGUCCCCCUUCACGGCGCCGGCCAUGGACAUGUCCCGCGCCAUCGUCGACAUGGGCUGGAUCCCGCCGCUGUACUUCACGGCCAUGAAGUGCCGCGUCCGGCGCGUCAGGGUGCAGGCCAUUCGGCUCCUCGAGUCGACGGCACACCGCGAGGGAUUGUGUGAUUCUCAGGUGGCGGCGCGCAUCGCAAGGAAGGUGAUGGAGCUCGAAGAGCAGCAGCAGGUGGAGGAGUUCGGCGUAGGGGCCGCAGAGGAGGACUUUCCCCUGUGCAGCCCUCCGACGCCGGAGGAGCUGGCGCUGCCGACUCCGCCCGGGGGCCAUAGAUUGUGCAGUGUGGAGAUCUUGCUGCCGGGGGAGCCGCUGGAGAGCAUAUUGCUGGGUUGCAGAUGGGCAUGGUCGUCGGAACGGAGGGAGGCGAUGUGGGAGUACUCCAUGGCCACGCAGCGGUGGACGGACGUGACGCUGGUGUGA